GUGACCCGGAUAAAUGACAUGCCGACAGAGAUUGUGACCAUGUCCAGUGAAGAGCUGCUGUCUGUGGAUUAUGAGGUGUUUGGGCGAGUGCAGGGUGUGUUCUUCAGAAAAUACACACAGGCAGAAGGUAAGAAGCUGGGACUGGUUGGUUGGGUUCAGAACACUGAUGCUGGAACAGUUCAAGGCCAGCUGCAGGGUCCCGCCUCUAAAGUCCAGCAGAUGCAGCACUGGCUCCAGACCACCGGCAGUCCUCAGUCUCGAAUCGCCAAAGCGGAGUUCAAGAAUGAGCACACGGUGGACAAACUGGAUUUCAAGGAUUUCAAAGUUGUGCGUUGAUGUAUUUAGUAUUUAUGUAUGUAGGUUAUUUAUUUUAGGCUUUAAAAAUCGUAUGUUUCACACACUUGCCCAUUGUCUGUUACUGACAUAAAUAUACGAGAAUGCAAAACAAACCGCAGUACAUCUUACUCCAGAAAGGUGUUUUAGGUUUAAUCUGUAUUGACUUUAAACCUCAUUUCUGAGAUAGACAUAAAAGCUAACAGACACAGACGCUGUGUGUUUCUGGAACAACCAUAUACAAGAUCAUUGAACAUAUAUUUAAACGAUCAUGAAGUAGGUCGUAAAUUGUCUUUAUCGGAUCAGUUAUUUCAUUAUAUCCGUGAAUGAACCAUUUAAAAAACAGCAAUAAAGGAUCUAA